AUAUUUUAAACGCGCACUGUUUACCUUCCGCUGUAGCGGAAAGGCUGACUGAUUAAAAAAAAUGUAUUCUCUCGGUUCAGAGAGUUUAAUUAAACAAGCGAGGGAGAUUCAGGAGACUGAGCUGCAGAAGUUUUACAGCCGCCUGGUGAAGCUGCUUCAGCUCAAGGAGCUCGGUUAUGAGACGCUGGACUCGCUGCACAGGCUGCACCUCAUCCUGUCCGCUAAUAAAUACGCCCGAACGCUGCCCUCAGAUCUCCAGCAGAGGCUGCUGYCGCUCCUCUCCUCACCCGCAGAGCAGUUCCAGGUGCUGAGCUCCGCUCUGCUCAGGGAGACGCCGCCCUCUUCUGGUGAGGAGCUGAACAACCCGGUGCUCAACAGCAUCCUCAGGCUCAGCCCAGACAGCCUCACCGAAGAACACGUGACCAUCCUGAGUAAAAAGUUCGUCGACUGGCUGCGCUACGCGAGCAUCGUGCAGGGGGGCGGAGCCUCCUCGGGAGGGUUCUUCACAGGACCCAGGUCUCGUCAGCCUUUGCCCACAGCGGAGCUGGACGGCUCGGUGUCGGGCGACUUCUUCACCGUGCUCUGCGUGGGCCAGGGGUUCACGGAGGACCAGUGGAUGAACGUCUAUUCCUUUUCAAUGCUGCGCCACUGGCUCCUCACCUACCACUCUGUUUCYAGCGGAAACAGUACAAUGGAUGCUGCAAACAGGCUACAGCUCAGCCUCUCCCUCUCCCACUCCUUUUCCAAUGAUGAUCGAUCGGAAGUGGACGGAUCAGUGGUUUCCAUGGUUUCGGCUACGUCCUCCUCCAGCCGCCUUCUUCCCCCAAAGGAGCGUCUGAGAGAGAAAGCGUUCCAGUACUGCCAGCGCCUGAUCGAGCAGUGCGAUCGCAAGGCCCAGAAGAAGUCGGACACGGAACUGCAAAAAGCGUGCAUGGUGGAGGCCGUGUGCAUCCUGGACUGCGUGUGCGUAGAGGACCCCUCCAUGGUCUUCCGCACCUUCCCAUCCAUAAAGGCUCUGUUCGGUCGACUGAGCUCGGAUUUGUCAUACGCCAGAGUCCUGCUGCCCAUAGCGCAGUUCUACCUCAACCACGGUGAAAUGGCAGCCGUGGACUGCGAGUGUGUGUGGAAGUUGGUCUUUGGCCGUUUUCCCGCAGAGCUCUUCAACGACCCUUUCCUUGCUCACGAGCUGCUGCGCUUCCUCCGACAGAACCUGGACAGCCUGCGGCUCCGAACGCCUGAGUUCAUACGAUUCCUCCCGAACUUCCUGAAGUUUCUAGCAUGGGAUAGCUCAGCUGUUGUGGAUGACUUUGUGGAUCUGCUGCCCUCUCUGGUUACUGAAGGAACUGCGGUGGAGAUGCUUCACACGCUGCUGGACCUGCCAUGUCUUUCUGCUACACUCGUCUUGCAGUUCAGGUCCGUGUCUUUGCCCAUCUCGGAGUCGAGCAGCCGAGGCCUGCUGUCGCUCGACGCGUUUCGAAACCCUGCGUUCAGAGGACUUUUUCUCUUUCUGCUUCGAGUGGAGACGGGCUCAGGUCACACCAUCGACCGGUUGAGCACGCUCCACGACCUAUUGGCCGAGGCGGCCGACUGGCCCAGAGUGGUGCGCUGCGCCCAGGUCGUCCCCGUGCUGCUGCACAUUUAUUUCAACACGGUUGUUACGGUGGCUGAAGAGAAGCUGUUGGCUCACCUGAUCCUGGUGAUCCUGGAGAGGAGCGGCCUCCUCCUCGCCAUCCCCACCUACAGCAGAGAGAUACACAGGGUGUUCAGCUGCCACCUGCUGAGGCUGUGCAAGCUCCGCCCCUCUCUGGUUGUGGACCAGUCACACGAGCUGCUGGAGUUCGCUGGGACGACGGCGAACGUUUACAGCAAGGAGGAAGUCUACACUCACGUGGUGUGGGUGCUGGGGGAGUACCUGUCGAUGUCGUCUGACUCCAGCUGCUCCGUGGCGCUCAUCACUUCCUGUUUUGAAACUCUGGAGGCGGUGCUAUUUGAGAUAACCUCAUCUGCCCCGCCUCCUGGGAUGGUGUGCCCCGCCCCUAAAGUCAUCACCACAUUGAUGAGCGCUCUGGCUAAACUGGCGUCGCGAUCACAUGACUUGAUUCCAAGGGUGUCUCUUUUCUUCUCCAAGCUAAGAACCACAGCCAGAAACGGCUCGGUUGCCUGGUGCGCCGACGAAGACGACCUCGUUGCCAUAGUAACCCGUGGUGAGGAGUUGUGGUCUCUGCUGAAAGCCCCCGGUGUGGCUCAGAGUGUCCUGACGCCGCCCCCUCACGUCUUGACGCCACGCUGGCACAGAGACACGAACCUGGCCGUACCGCUGCAGCUUCGAGUCCUCACCAGGCUCACACACUCACAGUGAUACACACACACUCACUCACAGUGAUACACACACACUCACUCACAGUGAUACACACACACUUCAUUCUCCUGCACUCGCACUUAAUAUGAAUUAUCUGAACAACAAAACACCUUCAUUUUGAAAUUUGAUUUUUUUUUUGUAAAUAAAUGAGAUGAUUUACCUGAAAUGUAAUAUUGUAAAUAACUUAAAAAAAAAUAAUAAAUCUCACUGGUU